AGUGUGAAUUUCCGGGAGUCGCCCGACGGGAGAAACAUGAUGGUGACGUUCGACAUGACGGGCGUGAAGAAGCAAGAUAUGCAUGUCAGUUACCGGACAACCCGCUUGAUCGUAAGCUGGAAGGUGGAGCGAACCACGGAGGAGCAGGAAGGGGACAGCGUGGUGCGGGAGAGGGAGAUCAGGAGGUACAGCCAUACGAUCCCGCUUCCCGAGGGGACGAAGUUUGAGGAAGUCCGCGCAUCUAGGGAUAGCCAAAGACUGACGUUGACCUUGCCGAACUCGAGGUGCGUCCGC